AUGUGGAACAGAAACAACAUAAAAAUCGAGUUAUGUCGCGAAUUAAGCUACAGCCGUCGGCUAAGCGUAACAGAGGGCGGUGGUGUGGUCCUGAAAACUGGCUCAGGAGAGCCUGUGCUGGCCCAUGCACCUACUGAUAUCGCUAGCAGCCUGUUCGUGAUGGCCGCCGGACUGACAGCCGAAUGGGAACCAGUCGCCUCUCGGCUCGCCGACCCUGCGCUCUCAGCCUGCGCCGCUAUCGUCCUUGUCGUCUUCAACUACCCAUUCAUGCGUUCUGCGGGUCUGGUGCUGCUGCAGACGGUGCCAGAGGGAUUGGGCGCGUGCGAGCUGCGUGCGGCCGCUUUGUGCGUGCCCGGCGUGCUCGCCAUCCACGAGCUGCACGUGUGGCAGUUGCACCGCGACAGGCUCGUCGCCACUGCGCAUGUCGUUUAUGGAUCGCAUGAUGACUAUAUUAAAAGUUCAACUCCAGUAUGCGAAGUGUUCAAGCGUCACGGCAUCGGGCUAGUGACGUUACAACCCGAAUUUAUUUUCUCGUCCAUGCCGGGUACUGAUGAAGAAAAGAAAGCUAUGAUAGACUAUACUAAUCUAGCGUGCUCCUGCCCCUGCGCAAAGGAAUGCACCGCACCCCGGUGUUGUAAAUCCCCCGAGAUACCUUCAAUUACUCGCAUAUAACUUUGCUACGAGUUCCUGAAUACUUUUAUAAUGUCUUCAUUUUACUAAAAUAAUCAGAUGUCAGCCAAGUCUUGUCUCGUGAGAAAUCAAAAUAACUGUUCCUGUUUUUUAUAAGCAGUAAAUAAUUGAUGCUAAGGUACUUUUAUUAGGAACGAAGGAAUUGACUCAUGAUUUUCGAGUUCCUAAUAAGUAUUUUAAACUUUAAAACUUACUACCACGUAAAUAAAUUAAGAUGAAUAACCAAAGAUAUUCAGUUGAACUGUUGCCACACGCGGUGAAAUUUCUAAUCCAUGACUGUUACAAAGAACCGCCUACAAGAGUGAAAGUACGAUGCAUAAAAACAUGGGAGACGUCGGUACCCGAACAUUGUCACUCCUUGCUCUUCCACGCCUGUUAGCUCGUUAGCGUACGGCCAUAUUACAUUAUACCUCCAUUUACAUUGAUUUUCUUUGUUACCGUCGUCAAAACGUAGACACGCUCAAUCAUAGAAGAGAAUAAGUCAGUUUUCAAUUUCUCGUAAAAAAAACAACUGCAUUGUAUUCUAUAAGUAAUUUACUGAAGAAAGUGACAUUCACUUUAUAACAUUUCUAUUGCGAUACCUACUGGAAAUUGUUAAAUUAAUAAUUAUUAUACACUGCCAAAUAAUUACUAACAAUAUCUAUCAACAAUAAAAACGACUAAAGCAUUAUUGAUAAUGUUGAGCCGUUUGAUAUAUUGAUAUAAUGAGAUAAUUAUGACAAUAAUAGGAUAAGAAUUGAGUAUAUAUUAUAUUACUUGAUAAUAUUAGGAAUAUAAGUUAUUAUGUAUAAUGUACGAGUAUUUAGUUUAAAGUGACAAAGGAAAGGUGGCGUACAAAUACGACUGUGAUGUUCCUUUACAGUAUUAUAUAGGGAAAUAUAAUUAAGGAUUUUAUGUGUAAAUGUUGACUUAACAUUAGAUUAUAAGAGCUAAUGUACAAAGAUUUGUUGACAUUUGAUUAAGAAACAAACAAAAUAAAUAUUUCGUCCAAA